AUGGCCAGCCACUCUCACGACGGCGGCCCUUCUCACUCUCACUCCCACGAUCACACAAACGGGACACCCCAUGGCCACACCCAUGAGAUCCUCGACGGGCCUGGGUCCUACCUGCACCGUGAAAUGCCCCUCGUCGAGGGCCGCGACUUCGGCGACCGCGCAUUCACAAUCGGCAUCGGUGGUCCCGUCGGGUCGGGGAAGACGGCACUCAUGCUCGAGCUCUGCCUGGCCCUCCGGAAGGACUACAACAUAGCCGCCGUGACCAACGACAUCUUCACGAGAGAAGACGCCGAGUUCCUGACGAAACACGGCGCCCUGACACCCGAGAGAAUUGUGGCGAUCGAAACAGGAGGGUGUCCGCACGCGGCGGUGCGGGAGGACAUAUCCGCCAACCUGCUCGCCCUGGAGGGCCUGCACGCCAAAUUCCAGACCGACCUGCUCCUGAUCGAGAGCGGCGGCGACAACCUCGCGGCAAACUACUCGCGUGAGCUGGCGGACUUCAUCAUCUACGUGAUUGACGUUGCCGGCGGGGACAAAGUGCCCCGCAAGGGCGGUCCGGGGAUCACAGGCUCGGACCUGCUCGUGAUCAACAAGUGCGAUCUGGCCGACGCGGUGGGCGCGGACGUGGAUCUGAUGGAGCGCGAGGCGAACAAGAUCCGUGAAGGCGGGCCGGUCGUGAGGGCCGUGAUCAAGACCGGCGUCGGCGUCAGGGAGACGGUCGAUUUGAUCCUGUCGGCGUGGAAGAGCACCGCGGGCUAUCAGCUGAGCAAGGAGCGGUGGGCGAAGGGUGCGCCCAGGGGCAGUGGCGAGCAACCCGUUGUCAAUAGAUAUACCAGUGUGUUCGCCGGGUCAAGAUAG